AUUCGGACAGCGUGUCGGACACGCCUCGCGCGCCGCCGCAACGCACACCGUCCGUAGUAUCGGCGGCAUACGGCGGCUCGCCGCGCGCGCGCCCGCGGCAACACAACUUCGUCGCCAAGAACUUCUACAAGCGGGAGACCUGCGGCCCUUGCGGGAAGACCAUAAAGUUCGCCAAAGUGGGCGUGAAGUGCGAAUCGUGUCGCGCUCAAGCUCAUCCCGAGUGUCGCGCGCUUCUGCCGCUGCCCUGCGUGCCGCCCGGCCCGCACGCGCGCCGCGCCAACGGACACCAGGAGGGCAGCAUAGCGGACUACGCGCCUAGCGCGCCGCCGAUGGUGCCAGCGCUGCUGGUGCACUGCAUUAACGAGGUGGAGAAGCGAGGCUUGGGAGAAAGAGGCAUAUACCGCAUCAGCGCCGUAGAUAAGGACGUUAAACGACUCAAGGAACGUUUUCUCCGCGGCUGCGGUUCCCCCCAACUGGCCAACGAAGACAUCCACGUGCUUUGCGGCUGCAUCAAAGACUUCUUACGAUCCCUACGCGAGCCACUCGUGUCUAACGCAUUGUGGAGCGACUUUAUGGACGCAGCCAAACUAAGCGAGCCUAGUGACGCCACCGCUGCAGUUGUCCAAGCAGUCAGCCAGCUGCCUCAGCCCAACAGAGAUACCCUGGCUUUCCUGGCGCUGCAUCUGCAGAAGUAA